AUGCGCCCGGUCAAAUACACUCCUCCUUCUACGCCCUCACCUCCAGCAUCUUGUUACGCCAUGAGUGACGAAGAAGAAGAUGAAUACAACACUAUUGCCCAGGCUGCCUCGAAUAGAGGGGUGAAGCUGCUCUUCUCCAAGAGCAAAGUCUACGUUCAUCCAACUUCCUCCUCUAAAGAUAAUAUCCCUGGCUUUAUCGCCCUCAUCCAACAAAAACCUCUCCCCGCAUCACAUGCAUCUGCGUCUCAACACAAAAACCCCGAUACACCCUCCUAUCUCCUCGCAUGGGUCCCGGAAUCAUCCCUUGGAGAAGCAUAUGAUACAUAUGUGAAAGUAGAUCUCACAGAAGGGGACUCACCGCCGCGCCAGACGUACCUCGUUCCGCCGCUUCCGACCACCACUACCUACAAAGACCCCAUCGGCUUGUAUUCUUUUGCGGUUCCGCUAUCAGAGAUAUACUCACUACUAGUACGACCGCCGAGCCUAGGAUGGUGGUUUGGGAGCUUAGUGAUCAAUACACGAGCAGGCGAUGGCUUCCCCGCUCUAUUUUUCCAUGAUGACGAGUGCGAGUCGACCAUCCUACAAAAGAGGAAGAGGGUGAAGGAAAACUUCGAUCCGUUCGGCAAUGAAGGGGGUUUGUUUUGGGGUGGCGAUGAGGUACUGCGGUGGUUGCGGAGGUAUGCGGAGGUGCAACGCUCCGCGGUGGACCGUAACGUCUACCUCAUCAACCCGUCAGAUGAGGACCAGCUAUCCUUCGGCCGACCAGUGAGCCACGGCGAUAAAUCCAUAAUAGCAAAGGCACAGCCCGAAGCCGCGGGCGCCGGACCCCGAGCACAAGCCCCCGAUGCCACCAUGGAUCCAUUCAUGAAGACUCUCAAGGAAACACGGUGGAAAGUGCUGGAGCAACUCAGCAAGAUCACCACUUUUACCCGUCGAACUGCCAAUGAGAUCGCAGAUAAUCCUCGCAUACCGCCUCAGAUGCGCCGUCUAUUGAAGAAUCCAGAGAUACAGACGUUACAAGAUGAGUUCGACAGCGCCAGGGUCUAUCUGGCUCGUUGGGCGAUGAGUGUUGCUGAGCAGAGCGAUAAAGAGCGAAAUCAGCGUAUAUGGACUGCACAAGAUAUGCUGGAAAUGGAGAAUAGCUCAGUUGGCGACUUUGAGAUCUUGGAGCUAGAGACCGGGAACCUGGCUAUCCAGGAGCGGCGCCGUGUUCUCCAACUGCAAGAAUGGAAGGGCUUUUUCGAUCCGACUUCGGGUAGACUCCAGGUAACAGUGGAAGAAGUCAAGGAGCGGAUCUUCCAUGGCGGCCUGGAUCCCAAUGAUGGCGUCAGAAAGGAGGCUUGGCUCUUCCUUCUUGGUGUGUAUUCAUGGGAUAGUAGCCACGAGGAGCGCCAAGCCGUGAUGAACUCUAAGCGCGAUGAGUAUAUCCGGCUAAAAGCAGGCUGGUGGGAGCAAAUGGUCGAGGGCAACUCCACGAUUGAGCAGUUUGAUAAUUGGAAAGAGCAGAAGAACCGGAUAGAGAAGGACGUUCACCGCACCGAUCGUACCAUUCCUUUGUUUGCGGGCGAAGACAUCCCUCACCCGGAUCCUGACUCUCCUUUCGCCGAGACGGGUACUAACGUGCACCUGGAGCAGAUGAAGGAUAUGCUCUUGACUUACAAUGAAUAUAACCCAGAUCUUGGGUAUGUCCAGGGGAUGAGCGAUCUCCUCGCACCAAUCUACGCUGUGAUGCAAGAUGAUGCCGUCGCUUUCUGGGCGUUUGUUGGGUUCAUGGAUCGGAUGGAACAUAAUUUCCUACGAGACCAGUCUGGAAUGCGUGGCCAACUAUUGGCCCUGGAUAAUCUUGUCCAGCUCAUGGACCCGCAGCUCUACUUGCAUCUGCAGUCUGCCGACAGUACCAACUUCUUCUUCUUCUUCCGCAUGCUGCUGGUGUGGUACAAACGGGAGUUCGACUGGGUCGAUGUCCUACGUCUAUGGGAAACUCUAUGGACCGAUUAUUUGUCUAGCAGUUUCCACCUAUUCAUUGCGCUCGCUAUACUCGAGAAGCACAGAGAUGUAAUCAUGGAUCAUCUCAAGCACUUUGAUGAAGUGCUGAAAUACAUCAAUGAACUUUCAAACACAAUGGAUCUCGUGCCAAUUCUCACCCGUGCGGAAUCACUCUUCCACCGUUUCCAGCGUUCUGUGCAAGCCAUCGAUAAGAAGGACAACCUCCCCACCGCGCCUACCGCCCACCGUCGCCCAGGCGUAGCCGGUCAAGGUUCACCUUCAGGCAGCAUGGGGAAGUCACCCCAGCCUGCUGUGGGAUCAAGCAGCGGAGUCAACGCUGGCCCCUCUAAGCUUCAAAAGGCAAUAGAUGCCGACAAGCCAAAGGUGAUUUCUCCAGAGUUACGCCAAUUACUUCGCAAAGAUAUCCCCUGGAAACGCCAACCGACUUCCUGA